AUGGACCGCGGGGAUAUGCCGAUGCCGACGCCACCAAAUUCGACCAUGAGCACGAAUGACAAUAUGACGAGUAUGCAGAUGAGCUUCUUCUGGGGCAAAGAUGUGGUUGUUCUGUUCAGGGGAUGGCCUGAUAACAACCUCGUUGAGGUGUUGUCGGCGUCUCCUCGGGUGCUCAAGACCACCGGAGUCUUUAGCAGCUUAAGUCAGGCGGGUGCUUACGCUAUUCGUAUGGCGCUGGCUUACUUGGUCAUGCUCUCCGUCAUGUCCUUCAACUUGGGGAUCUUUAUAGUGGCGGUGGCUGGAGGUGCCGAUGGUGGUGCUGGAAUUGGAGGAGGUGCAGGUAGUGGUGGUGCUGCUGGAGGCGGCGUUGGAGGUGCUAAUGGAGGAGCUGGAGUUGGAGGAGGUGCAGGUGGUGGUGGUGCCGCUAGAGGUGGCGCUGGAGGAGGUGUAGGUGGUGGUGCUGGGGCUGGAGCUAGUGUUGGAGGAGCAGGUGGUGGUGGUGGAGUUGGAGGCAGUGCAGGUGGUGGUGCUGGAGGUGGCAUUGGAGGAGGUGCAGGGGGUGGAGCUGGUGGAGGAGUAGGUGGUGGUGUAGGUGGUGGGGCUGGUGGAGGUGUAGGAGGAGGAGCCCGAGGAGGCGUUGGCAAAGGUGCUGGAGGUGGGGCCGGUGGCGGAAAAAGGGGUGGAGCAGAUGGUGGCUUUGGGAAAGGUGGAGGUAUAGGAGGUGGUGCAGGUGGUGGUUUUGGGGCUGGAGGAGGUUUUGGUGGAGGGCAUGGGGGAUUUGGUAAGGGUGGAGGAGUUGGCGCGGGCGGUGGAUUCGGAGGCCGGACUAGUCCUAGAAUUGGACGUCGCAAAUUGUGA